GGACCUUCUGCCCGCCCCGCCAGACGGGCACCUGUGCCAGGAGCCUUGUUGAAUCCACUGAGAAGGGGCCUGCACAGCGAACACCAUGAGCAUCUCAGCUCUUGGAGGCACCACCAAAGGGAAGCCUCUCCCACCAGGCGAGGAGGAGCGUAAUAAUGUCCUCAAGCAGAUGAAGGUUCGAACCACGCUGAAGGGGGACAAGAGUUGGAUCACCAAGCAGGAUGAUUCGGAGGGCCGCACCCUAGAGCUGCCGUCAGGCCGGAGUCGUGCCACAUCCUUUUCCUCACCUGGGGAGGUGCCUAAGGCCAGGCCCCCGAACACAAGGGCUCCCACUGGCUACAUCAUCCGGGGAGUGUUCACCAAGCCCGUAGACAGCUCGUCCCAGCCCCAGCAGCACUUCCCCAAAGCCAACGGAGCUCCAAAAAGAUCUGGAAGCAGGAGGGGGCCUGCAGGUAGACACAUGGAAACACCUUGCCUCUCCAGCGCUGCCAAUCUGCUGAAAGCAGCCCCUUCUGGGCCUCCCCACCCCUCCUCCUCGGGCUACAAGAUGACCACAGAAGAUUACAAGAAGCUGGCACCCUACAACGUCAGGCGCAGCUCAGCAUCAGGGGCUCCUGAAGAGGAGGUGCCCAUCUCUUCUGAUGAGCAGAAACGGAGGUCAGAAGCUGCAAGCAGCGUGCUGAGGAAGACGGUCCCCCGUGAGCACUCCUAUGUCCUAUCAGCGGCCAAGAAGAGCAGCAGCCCUGCCCAGGAGACACAGGCCCCAUUCAUUGCGAAGAGGGUGGAGGUGGUGAAUGAGGAUGUGCCUUCCGAGAAAAGCCAGGACCCACCUGCUCUGGAAAGAUCCCCUCCCAGCUUCAGCAGCACGGACAGAGGCAGAGCCCAAGCAUCUCGGGUGAUGUGGACAAAGCGCAUGCCCAGCCCCGCCAGGACUUGGGAGCCCAGCCCAAGAGGUGAGGAGACUGUCUGCCUGCAGAUCAUGAUGCCUGGGGUGGGACUCCGCCUGGUGGCCCCAGACCUGGAAGGAAUGAGGUCUUCCCCAGGUGCCAAAAACAAAGAGGCCCCCAACGCCAGAGAGCCCAAGAGAGACUUGACUGGUGAAGGGGACUUCAAGGGCUCUGAUCAAGACUCUGACAGAUCAAGUGCACAGUCAAGUGCUGGCCACGUGGGAGCUGGAGCCACAGGCUCCCCACCUGAAGGCUUGGCUGGAGCAGACAUCAGCUCUGGGAGAGGAGGGGAAUUACCAGUGCUGAAUCUUGCUCCUUCUCCUACCCUUUGCCACUGGCUCUCAAGCCCCUCCCAAGGAGGCACAAGGCGGGCGCGAGACAGACUGUGCUCAGCUGCUGGCUUCAGCCCUGUCCUGGAUGAUCAGGAGGUAGACAGCGCCAACUUGCAGCCUCGCAAGCCUGGACCAGCAGCCACCAGUUCUGGUGCCACAUUGGCCUCUGCUGUCCUGGCUGACAGGAAGAGCAACAGCCCAGCAGACCUGGAGGACACGGAGACAGACCUGAAGGGCUCCUUGGCAGGUUUUGAGGAGAAGAAUGUGGUCACCAAGGUGGUAGAGGCCUGGCAGGGGAGGCCUGGAGCCCUGAGAGAUGGCCAGGGAGAAGCAGCUGCACCCACCCAGCCAUCUGCAGACCCCAGCACCCCAGAGCAGCAGAGCAGCCCUGGAAAACCUGCACAGCUCCUGGAACUGGACAGCCAGGCCAGCAGCUCCUUGGCAGGUUUUGAGGAGAAGAAUGUGGUCACCAAGGUGGUAGAGGCCUGGCAGGGGAGGCCUGGAGCCCUGAGAGAUGGCCAGGGAGAAGCAGCUGCACCCACCCAGCCAUCUGCAGACCCCAGCACCCCAGAGCAGCAGAGCAGCCCUGGAAAACCUGCACAGCUCCUGGAACUGGACAGCCAGGCCAGCAGGGUGAGAAACCCCUCAAGCUAUAUGGUCACUGUUGCCACCACUGCCACCUCUGAGCAGCCUGAUGUUUACAUCCCAGCGUCUCCAAGUGAAUCGGACUCCAAGUCAACCAGCAAAGGGAUUGUAUGUGUGAAAGAGUACAUGAAUGCUGGGGAGCGCUCUUCCGAGAGGCUGCUGUCUUCACUCUACAACAGUAUCGGCAGCAUUGAGGACUCAUGCAACAUGGAGAAGAAACUCCCAUCUGAGAGAACAACUGGUGGAAUCUGUACUUACUGCAACCGGGAGAUCGGAGACUCUCCAAAGAUUACACUAGAACAUCUUGGCAUCUGCUGCCAUGACUACUGUUUUAAGUGUGGGAUUUGCAGUAAACCGAUGGGUGAGCUUCUGGAUCAGAUCUUCAUUCACCGUGACACCAUUCACUGUGGGAAAUGCUAUGAGAAGCUCUUCUAGGCUGAGAAGAAACUGAUGACUCCUGGACAGUUACUCCGAGUUGCUGGCUCUUCUUCCGUCACUUCCCCCUCCUCCAUUUGAUUUCUCCAUGCUUUUGUCCUUCUUGAGUUGAACUUGCUUUCAUCCAGUAGCGUAUCUUAAUGAUGCUAUGAUAAUUACUCAUGCGUAUAGCUUUUUAUAGCUUAGAAAGCACUUCGCACCCAUGAUCUUGCUUCAGGCUCAAGCAAAGAAUUCCAUCUUGGCUUCCCUAGGACACGGCGGCUUCCUGAUGAGUUGAGGUGGCCUGACAUGAUAGGCCUCUGCAGGAGCACGGGGUUCAGUGUGUACUGACUCUUGGGACAGAGAACAGAUCACAUUCUGGUUCACAGUUCUGAGUGUACCUUUGGGACUUAAGAGCAGUAGGAGACACCCUGAAGCUUCUGAAGGGCCAGGCUGAAGACUGUUGAUGAUCCCUGGUGGGUAAAUUAUAGACAUUGACUGCUAGGGAUUGACAUAGGCUAAUGUUUAGCUUGUUUAUUUUUUAAACUUUCCAUAUACUUUUAUGGGUAGCUAGCUGCUUUUGAUUGAGUUAUAUGGCAGGUUUUAAUUACCUCCUCCUACCUAGCUUUCAGUACAGUUGACUUUUUUCCUACAGGCAUGUGGG